UGCGUCAACCGAUGAGAAGUGGUAAUGGGACUGUCUAGAGUUCAGCUCCGUCUGUAUCCAUGCGAGUGAUAACAAAAUCGGACGACCGCACAACAAAGAACACCCCAAAUAUUUGAAAGUGAAUUACUUCUUGAAAGGAAAAAUGUUGCAGAAAAUGGAAUGCUUCAUACUCUUGGCUCUCUUUACCUGUCUGGAUUGUGUUUCUGCAAAUAACCAGUGUGGAGCAAAUAGCACGGGAAAUAUGGCUCUUAAAAAUUUGCGUAUUAAGGAUGAUUGUCGAGUGAUUCGAUUCAAAGAAGGAACAAAAAACAAGAUAUUAAAAAAUCACGUUAUUAGGACAGACCAAGUGAAUGACAAGGAUAUCUGUGAGUUGAGAUGCCAUCUUGAACCAAACUGCGUGUCUUACAAUUACGGUCCGCAGGCAGGUGGGACAUUCACAUGCGAGUUGAAUAACAUGACCCACUUACAAGCCUUCGAUUCUUUCGAAGACAAAAGCGGAUUUUUAUACACAGAGAUUUUCAAUCCUUGUGAGAGCAAUCCGUGUGCUCAUCACGCCACAUGUCAAGCGGGGUUUGGUGACCGGUGUCUGGAUACCGCUGGAUACCGCUGUCUAUGUACUGCUGGAUAUCAAGGAGUUCAGUGCGAGACAGAUAUCGAUGAGUGUAGCGAUGGUAGCCACAACUGUCACGUUGCGGCCACUUGUACAAACACUGCUGGAUCAUUUAACUGUAGCUGUCAGUCUGGACAUCUCGGAGAUGGACGGAGCUUUUGCUCAGAUAACUGGAAGAAGGUCAACGACGAUCCUGUCUGUUUUGGAACGAAAAAUAACGACUGUGGAACAUUUAUAAUCCGAGAAGCCGGUCAGAUCUACACGUUUCAACUUGUCCAUACAAGUGGCUUAGUGAGAUGUGCAACUGAUUUAGAACUAACAAAGUGGGGAUGUCCACACCCAUCUUUUGGACAUUAUAACCUAAUGACAGUAAUAACUUACCGUAACAAACGCGUUGUUCUACUUGCUGAGUUCGCGAAGUACACCGGAAUGUAUAGAUACCGACUUAACGGUUCUGAUGUCAACUCACCCAGGCUUGUGUUUAACCUUCUCCCCACUCCAUUGGUUGUGUCUGUCAAUCAGCAGUUCCAAAUAUGGUAUGGACAAGAUUUGGCUGAUUUAUCCGAGUACAAUAAUGCUGGCAAGACAUGCACAGACGUUUAUGCUUUGUACCCUUUAAACUAAAUUUAGUCUGAGAUUAAAUCUAGAUUUAACAAGAGUAAGUUUUAAAGUCAAAUAAAGAAAGUGAGAUAAAGGGUGAAAACAUUUUUAGAAUAUCGCUGGGUACUGAGCAAGAAAAUAAAGAGACGUGAGAUGACUAAACUUGAAACAGCAAAGUUAAGGGUUUUGGGGUUUUUCAAGGAAUUAAUCACUAAAGUUAUUAUUUAAUAUAGCAGUACUUCUGGUGUACAUUGUUUUCUUAUUUUAGUUAGUGAAGUUGAUUCCACAGACCGAAGAGCGAUCGAGCUCAUCGUACAUUCCUUUUUAUUUGACUCAGAAAAAUAUCUCGUAUCCUUGUGAUCCGUUAGCAAUACACUGUUAGGUCGAAGAGUGAAAUAAGAGAUAAAUAUUAAAUCAUGUUCAUUUCUUGAAUGCUACGGGAAGCAUCCAAAAAAGUAUGUUUGUCACAAUUAGUGUAUGAAAUGGUCUAUAGAAAGAAAACAUAGGCACAUUCACAAAGCUUAUGAAAAGUCUUUUGCCUGGAGGACUCUUAAUAUAUAUAUUUAUGACGAAAUGAUCACAAGCCCUGGCCUGUUACUGGUAUCAUUUGCUCAAAAUUAACUGAUGACGUUAUGGGAAACGAACAACGAUUUUAAAUUUAUUUUACUGAGCUGAUCUAUUUCCAGGGUAAAAAAAAUCAAAGAUGACGGAUAAUUCAUAUGUACUUCAAAGGUCAUCUCCUGCAGGUUACACCAGUAACAGUAGUAUAGUACGUAUUAUAUACCAGGUGAUUAGUUGGUUAGUUAGUAGGUUAUCCUGAAUGUACAGAGGAGAUGCACUUUACUGUUCGCGGUAAUGGCAUCAUCCACAGGCUUCGCGGAAUAUGAUUCAGUAAGUUGCGUUGUAUUGCAAACAAGAACGUAUAACUUGCAAAGACAACGCCUCAGGGUUUUAUGGUCUUUUAGAGAAAUGAAUGUCAUGAGUGAUAAUGAAAUAUUUCUGAUGGUUAUGGUUUCCUUGCCGGUUUUACCCGCUCGGGUAGCCAAUCAGAACACAGGAUUCGCUUCAUAAUGCCCACGGGCGCUGCCAGCUACACAAUUAGUAGUGUUAGUCGGUGUCUCGCAUAAUAUAAUUUUGCUAUGUAGUUUCAAGAAAUAAUUUAUAUGGCACACAUCUUUCCCAGAAUGAGCCAAUAACAUAAUGGGGAACGAACAAUGACUCCAAUUCAAUUGAAAUGUGCCAAUCAGUGCUCAGUAAAGUAAUCAAACAUGAUUGAUUCAAUGGUCGCUUUCUGCGAUCGGAUUGGUCAGUUGUAAUAAAGUUACCCUGGUAUCUCCAAUUGAGCACGUAUUAUGUCAGGCGAUUAGUUAGUAAUCCUAUAUAUAUUCAGGAGACGCACAUGUUUAUUUUGUAGCAAUGGAGUCCUCGAUAGGAACACAGUAAGUUGUGUUGUAAAGCGAACAAGAAAAUAUAAAAUAUUUGUAGCUUGUUAUAGCACUACAGCAUGCACAAAAUUGUGGAACACGAUAUCUUAAGAUAUCUAUGAAGUCUAAAAACCAACAUUGCAUAGCGUGAGUUAACCGUUGUAAACAAUUAGACUAAUCUGAUAUGUAAUGAAAUAUGCCUAGUCAGUAUUAGGAUACUCGAUUAUUUUUCCCUUAGAAAACUUACAUUAUUAUACAACAGGUAGACAAAAACUUUCGUCUGUUUGAUUUACUUGAAGGAAUUAUUAGAAUACACUUUUCAAGUUUUCUUGUGGACUUGAAUCUUUUGUGCUGCGAGUGUCCUCUAACUUAACGUAGUUUUAAUAGAAUUUAGAAUUUUCUUCCCAACGUGAAAUAAAUCUUAGGCUUAAUUUCUUAUGUUUUUUCUAUAAUGCUUGACGGCCCCAUAGAACUCACAUUAAACAAUCUCACUAUUUCGAGUAUC